AGCGCGAGCGGCGGCCGGUUCGGCGGGUCCGGCCCCACCGAGGGGGGAGCGAGGCGGCCUCCCCGCCCCUCGCCGCGGCCUCGGGCCUCACCCCGCCCCCAGACACCCCGCUCCGAGAGCACAGAGCGGCGGCGAGGAGAAAGAAAGGAGGCGGCAGAGCAGGGGCAGGCGGCAGGCAGGGACAGGCAGCGCCGCUUCUACCGCCCCCCUCCCGCGGCAGCCACCGGAGCGGGGCGAGCACGGGGGAUUUUAUAUUUUUUAUUUUUGUACAUAUAUAUAUAUAUUUUAUUUUCUCCGCCCGGGCCGCGGAGGGCCCAGCCGGUGCAGCCCUGCUUGGGGACCCCUCCCCAACAUCCCCACAGCCGCCCCCCGCCUCCUCCCGGCCCCCGCCCGAGGCCUCGCCGCGCAGCCGGAGCUCCCUUGGGUCCCGCCGGGCGUGCGGCGGAGCGGGCCCCGCUUCUCUCCUUUGUCCGAUCCCGCACCCCCCCCGCCGCGUCCCGCCGUCGCCCCCCGGCACCGACCGCCGCUGCCCCCGCAGGUCGGCGGAUGGACCCGCAGCCCGGCGCCAGGAGCUGCAGCCGCGGGGCUCCCGCCUGCGAGGUGGGGCCGCCCGAGCCCCCCAUGAACCUCUACAUCCACACCACCACCGGCACCCGCUAUGAGCUCUCGGUGCCUGCCGAAGAGACGGUGGAGGGGCUGAAGCGGCGGCUGUCCCAGCGCCUCAAGGUGCCUAAGGAGCGGCUGGCGCUGCUGCACAAAGAGAGGCAGGGGCAACCGCCAUCCCCCUGCCUGGCAGCGAGGUGGGGGAGUCUGAGCACGGUCUCACUGUGUGCCACAGCUGAACGGGGUCCCUUCUCUCUGCAGGUCAAUGACUUCUUGUCGGGCCGGUCCCCGCUGACCCUGGCCCUGCGCGUGGGGGACCACAUGAUGUUCGUGCAGCUGCAGUUGGCGGCUCAGCAGAGCACGGGGCAGCUCCAGCACCGGCACCUCAUCGCCAGCCGCGGCGAGGCGGGGGCCAGCGCCAGCCCCCACUGCCGGACACUGCACGGCGCCGCCGGCUCCGGCUUCGCACGCAUCCCCGUGGUGCCCACGUGCCAGCAGAGCCCGGCCCCCAGCCCCACGCCCGCCACGCCGGCCCCCCCCAUGUACUGUAACGCCCCCCACCCCGCGCCCAUCACCGCCGGCAUGUUCCGGUCGCACGGGGCCAGCGCGCAGACGGUGAACAGCAGCGUGGUCUCCUCCUGCUCAGAGGUGGACUGUGGCUCCCGCAGCAGCAGCUCCCCAGGCAGCAGUCCGGCCCCCUCGGCCCGAUCCCGCAAGCCCGGGGCGGUCAUCGAGAGCUUCGUCAACCACGCGCCCGGGGUCUUCUCAGGGACCUUCUCCGGCACUUUGCACCCCAACUGCCAGGACAGCAGCGGGCGGCCGCGGAGGGACAUCGGCACCAUCCUGCAGAUCCUGAACGACCUCCUCAGCGCCACGCGACACUACCAGGGCAUGCCCCAGUCCCUGACGCAGCUCCGCUGCCAGACGCAGUUCUCCUCCUCCUCCUCCUCCUCGCCUCCUGCCUCCCCAGACCUCGCCACCAAAACUACCUCAGAGUCGCUGCCAGCGGCCACCGCCCCCCCCCUUCACCCCGUCGUCCAGUGCCAAAGCCAGAUCCGCAUGUGCAAGCCCAGCGGGGACCGCCUGAGGCAGACGGAGAACCGGGCGACACGCUGCAAGGUGGAGCGGCUGCAGCUGCUGCUGCAGCAGAAGCGGCUGCGGCGGAAGGCGCGGCGGGACGCGCGGGCGCCGUACCACUGGGUGCCCAACCGCAAGGCCGGGCGCACCAACAGCAACAGCAGCGUCUCCAGCGAGGGCAGCCUGGACCUGGACUUCGAGGACUCGGUCUGGAAGCCGGAGGUCAAGGCCGAGAUGAAAUCCGAGUUUGUCGUAGCAUAGAGAGCCCGUUCCCGGGUGGGGCCCCGGGGGACUGUGCCGGGGAGUCGCGCUCGCCGCCCCUGCCGGGGGGGUCAGUGCGGGUGUCGCGGGCCGGGGCUCCUCGAGAUUUGCCGUCUCCUGCGACCGGACGCCUUGGUCUGACCCGCGUGUCACGGGGACAGCCCCCCACCCCCCGCUCGCUUGGGUUCGGGGAGAUGGGGGGAGCAGCUGGAGCCGCCCCCUCCCCGCAGCCUCCCCCGCUGGGAAUGGGGGGGUCCCGACACCCCAGGGGGUCCUGGGACAUAUCGAAGCUGCUGCUUUGCUGUGAAGAGGGGCUCGGGGGGGGGGUGCUCUGGG